AUGUUGGAAUGGGCCGCGCAGGAGGGAUACAUAAAUGUGAUCCAGGAGCUACAAUCACGAGGAAGAGAAAAGGUCUUCAUGUGCGGAACGAAAGAUGCAGCCAUAUGUCUAGCUGCAGCCAACGGGCAUUUAUCUUGCAUUGAACCAUUAAUCGCCAUGGGCGCAGAAGUAUCGCAAUACCCUUAUAAAAAUCGUGUUCAAUGCUACUCGCCGUUAAUGUGGGCCGCCAGAAACGGCAACCUGGCCAUGAUGAAGCUUCUUAUCUCCAAGGGCGCAAGAAUAGAGACAAGAAGUCUUCAAUCCUGGACGGCUUUAGAAUAUGCGAUGAUGAAUCACCAUGGUUCAUGUGUUCGAUAUCUCCUUGGGAAGAGCUCGCGGGAUGUAAAUGUCAAGGAUGAGCAUGAUGGAAGAACUGUUGUGCAGCGUGCAGUAAUGAGCUAUGACUGGAAAUGCAUACGAAUACUUGUUGGAUAUGGCGAGCGUUCUAGUCCCGAAGUUCUAUUGCAUAUUGCAUUGCUAUACGGAGACGAAGAUCUCCUGCGGCGAGCACUGCGCCUCGGGGCCAAUCCAUUGGAAGCUAAAUAUGCCGGGAACUCUGCCUACCAUGAGGCAUUGGUACAUAAAAAAAGCGGGAUCUUGAGAAUAUUACUCAAAUACUGUGCCGAGGACCCCGCAACUAAUAAAACCAUCGCGCUAUACUACGCAGCACAUAUUGGCGACGAUGAGAUUGUGCGGUUACUUCUAUCUAAGGGAGCCAACGCUUCCGCACCAGAUAAAGCCGGAUUCAGACCUUUGCAUUAUGCUGUAGGGGCCUGGUUGAGGUAUUUUGAUGACCGGAAUCUCCUGAUCGAGAGCCGUUCAAGAAUAAUUGAGAUGCUCCUAGAGAAAGGGGCUCGGGUCUCAGAUGCCAAUUAUCAUGGAGAUACUGCACUGGGAUACGCAGAGUGCUGGAGUUGCCCGAGAAUUGUAUGUUUUUUGAAGCAAAAAGAGGCCGAAGAGUCAUAUGUUUCUUAA